AUGGCUGAUCCAUCUGGUCAAAAUCCACCAAACGCCGAUGAAGAGCUUCCCGUUGAACAACCAAAAUCACCUGAACGUGAUAGAAAAGAUGAAGAGUGCGCAGAGAAACAUGCCAAAGCACCAAAUUAUGGAAGCGCGAUAGAAAGUGAUUCUGAGGCCUCUGAUGGGUUUGAGUAUGAUGUGGAGGAGGUAAAUACCAGUGACCUUGAUUCUGAUGCUGCAGAAGAUAAGCGAAAAAUGGAGGCUUAUCAUGAAAGAAGGGUGAGAAGCCGAUUUGAGUAUGAGCUUGCCAACCCCAAAAUCUUUGCACGCACCAUGAAUGAAGGAGAGCCAAGAAGAGUGGAUGUAAAGAUGAUAUGUGCUAAGUCCGAUGAGGAGGAUACUGAAGAAGAAGAAGAUGGUGAAGAUGGCACUGAGGAUUCUUCGUCCUCCAGUGGAACUUCUCCGGCUCCAUCAGAUAACGAUGAUAGUGAGCGUUAUGAGGAAGAGGGCUGUGAUACUGGUGAAGAAGAUUUUUGGUAG